AUGGUCCUCGUAGUAGUGGAUUCUCACACGAAAUGGGUGGAAGCGGUGCCAGUGAACCAGGCUACUUCGGCAACCACGAUUAACUGUCUGCGUGACAUAUUUAGCCGUUUUGGUGUACCAAGAACACUAGUGUCUGAUAAUGGAACGCAGUUCACCAGUCACGAGUUUGCAAUGUUUGCUGACAGAAACAACAUUACGCAUCUAAGAACCGCCCCUUUUCAUCCGCAGUCAAAUGGAGCGGCCGAGAGGGCAGUCAGGACAAUCAAGGACGGUCUUCGGAAGAUGAAAGGCGGGAAGCUCGAGCAUAACCUUAUGCGUUUGCUGCUCAAUUACAGAAGGACCCCACAGAAAGCCGGACUAUCGCCAUCGGAAAUGCUGCUGGGGUACCAGAUACGGUCACGCCUGGACACGUGCUUUCCUGCGACGACUGCGCCCAAUUCUAAAAAGGAAAGCGACGAUUUGUUACCACCAACGAACUGUGAUGUGCAUGUCCGCAACUACGGGUCCAAUGGUAGAUGGAUGCCAGGACGUGUAACAGCUACAUCGGGAGGACGGAUGGUCACAGUGGAGACACCUCAAGCAAUCGUGCGGCGUCACAUAGAUCAAGUGCGUACUCGUAGGGGAUUUUCGCAAGACGAACCACUGUGGACCCAUCCAGGUGAUAUCAGCAAAGGCAAUACACCGAGCACAACGCCACUCGACCCACCGCCACCCGCGAACCCCGAUGAAGCUGUGGAAGCGUCACCCCAAGAAACUCUCCCACUCACCGACCAGCCUGAGCCUGCUGCAGUCCCAACACCCCUGGCAGCUACGACGGAUCAAGAAACCGCACAACCGCUCCGGCGCUCCACAAGAACACGCAAGCCAGUGCAUCGUUUUUAA